GUGUUUUUAAUAAUGUUGGAAAAAAGACAAACAGAAUUAGAAUGGAUUGCCUGUUAAUUACUUGUUUAGACUUGCUGGUUGUUGUACUGGUUAGACUGGCAGACUUUCAACAAUAAAUUGCAGAUAUAAAGCCAAAGCACUGUUUUAAAAUAUAAUGCAUUUAUCUAUGUUUUCUUGCUUGUGUCUAUAAGGUGUUUGUGUUUAUGCGUGAGUGGGUGAGUGAACUAUUUAGUGGCUGGUGGUUGAGGUUUGAGAUGUCUGGUUUGCAAGUGAGGUUUGGUUUGAAUAUGGUUCGUCUUCUUUUUACUUGAUUUGCUGGGUUUGGUGGAGAAAAGUAAACGAGUGACAUUGAAGAAACCAAUGGAAAGCAUGCACUACUUAGUUUUUUGUACAAAAACAAUCUUCUUGUGCCUUUACGGCUGAGUAUAAAAGGCCACAAACAGUAGUGGUUCAAUCAUUUUCUGGAAGUCUGACAAUCAUUAGGAUUUCUUGCUUUUGUAAUGGCUGAUGUUGACACCAUUGAUGACCUUGUAUCAGCUAGAAACUUGCUGAGUAUUGGGUUAGAAAAAUCAAGGGCAAUUGCCUCUGCUCUUCAAAAUACUGGAUCGAGGUUGGAUGUCAUGAACCAAAGAUUGCCAUCUUUGGAAGCUGCAUUUAGGCCAAACCCAGUGGCAAAAUGUGCAUUUGCUUCUCUCAGAGACCGUUUGGAUGGAGCAAUUGACGCUGCGGCUGCUGUUCUUAAGGUCUAUGGGGUCAUUUGUGAGCUUCGAAACUCGAUCCUGUCAGACGCUUGUUCUGAUCUAUCUAGCUACCUUGAUGUUGUGCAACAGAUUGAAGGAGCACUGAGAUUUCUCACGGAUAAUUGCAGGCUAGCGAUUCAGUGGUUGCAGGGCAUUCUUGAAUUCUUAGAAUGUAAUGCCAUCGCCAAUAAUCAUUUCAUCUUGACUGUGAAGAAGUCCUUAGAAAUCCUGGAGGAAUUAGAGAUGGCAGAGGAGCAUGCCCAUCUCGAGGAUGGUAUUCUCUUUGAUGCAUUUGACAAGCUUGUAUUAGAAUUUAAGAAACUUCUUACAGAAAACAGCAACUCUCUUGCUUUGGUUUCUCUAUCCUCCUCCACUGCUCCACCUAUUUUUCCAGCGGCUGCUACACAGAAAUUGCAGGCCGUCGUUGACAGGUUAAACGCUGGUAACUGGCUUCAGAAUUGCCUAUCUCUACAUGCUAAAGUCCGGAGUCUCGUCGUUAGAAGAAGUUUGGAAGCUUUUGAUUUGAACUACCUGGCAAAAACUAUUACAGAAUUUGACAAUGUGGAGGAGAUUGAGAGUGAUGUGGAUCAAUGGUGCAAGGAUCUGGUGGUAUUGGUGAAGAAUGUGUUGGGGAUUGAGUACAAGCUAUGCAAGGAUAUUUUUGGCCGGAGCGGAUCAAACGCCUGGGUGGGUUGCUUUGCAGAGAUUGCCAGACAAUCAGGAUUUCUUGCUUUCCUUGAAUUUGGAAAGCAUGUUAGUGAGAGUAAUAAGGGUCCAGUCAAGCUAUUGAAGCUACUAGACAUUUUUGGUGUUCUGGACAAUCUGAGAGUAGAUAUGAACAAUCUUUUUGGAGGAGAAGCCUGUGUUGAAAUCCAAACCAUGACAAGGGACCUCAUCAAAGGAAUAAUCAAUGGUGCUUGUGAGAUAUUCUGGGAACUCCCAGUUCAAGUGGAGCUACAAAGGUUUUCUCCUCCACCCACCGACGGGAGCAUUCCGAAAUUGGUAUGCUUCCUAACCGGCUACUGCAACCAGUUGCUCGGAAACGAGUACGAGCCGGUAUUGACACAAGUCCUGAUAAUCAAUCACAGCUGGAGACAUGAGAAGUAUCAAGAAGGACUUGUGAUUAGCCAGAUUUACAACAUUAUAAAGCAAGUAGCUUUGAACCUGGAUUCAUGGUCGAAGGCCUACGAAGACGUCGCGCUAUCCUGCUUGUUCAUGAUGAAUAAUCAUUUCCAUUUUGGCAGUCUUGGAGGAACAAAAGUUGGUGACAUGAUGGGAGAGUCAUGGCUGAAAGCUCAUAAGCAGUAUAUGGAAUACUACGCGACAGUCUACCUGAAAGAGACCUGGGGAAAGCUCAUGGCAACACUAAACCCCCAAGACAGUCCAGUUUUGACAUCUCCAAGCAGAAUGACUCCAUUUUGGCUCUCCCCAAUCAGAAUCCCUGCAGGCUGUGCAGUCAAGAAGAGUCUCAAGAAAUUCAACAAGGCUUUUGAGGACCUGUACAAGAAGCAAUCCAAAUGGGUUGUGUCUGAUGAAAGCUUGAGGGAGAAGAUGUGUGAGGUUACAGUGAAGGCUUUUGUACCUGUUUAUGCUAGCUACUUGCACAACUAUGGUGUUUUGAUCAAACAGGAGGCUGAGGGUGGUGAGUAUGUCAAGUACACUACAGAGAGUGUGGAGAGGGCUUUGAACACUCUGUUUCAGCCUAAGGUUAUAAGCAUUUGUAGCAACAACAAACCUGUCCCCUUGAUUGAUAGAGUCAAAACCAUUGUAAAGAUUGCAAGUGUUAAAAGACACUGGAAGAACCAAUUCUUCGUCUAAAUUCAAACAAGAGAAUUUCAGAAA